CAUACUGAGAGUUAGAUAAAACUACAUGUACCUGUAUAAAUAUUUGAAUUAUUUACGAGAUAAAGUGAAAUAUUUAGAUCGUCCAAUACUUUUGAUGUUACGAGUGAAUCAAUAAGUUAAGGACAGUAAAUGACUUGUUUUGUCAUUUGAGGAAUACGUAACAUUGAUUCUCGAAGGACACCAUUUCUUUUUUUCUUUUCAUUUUUUGUUGUGUCAUUCAAUAAAGAGUGAGCCGCUACGACGUCCAUGCAUUCAGUUUUUCACCACCAGAAGGAGGGUGUUAAUCUUAUCCUAACAUUGUGGGCCAAGUGGAACGUCGGUCAGAGUGAUAUCAAAUUGGGCAAUUACAACCAUGGAUGAUAUACACACAGAACCAGCUAAAAUAAAGGCAGGAAGAGUUGGACCACCUCCAUUAAAAGAUGGCAUCUUAUAUGUUAAUGCAUACCAAGAAGAUCAAAUGGAAAUCUAUGGGUAUGCCAAGAACCAAGGAAAAGAAAUCUUCAUGUGGAUUCUAUAUUUCCUGACAGUAGGUUUACUACGGUUAUUUUUCUUCUGGUACCCACAUCUGAUGAUAGCAGCCACACAUGAGAAAAGCUCCCUAAAGCAUGCAGUAGUUGUUGUGCUCAAGGACCAGUAUAAUCAAUGGUUUGUGGCCAAGGUUAAAUUUAAAGAGAGGAAUGGAAGGGAUGUCCAAAACCCAGACAACCACCAGGAGAUCAAAGUAGAAGGUAUAUCCUAUAAGAAAGGACAUUUACCAAACACGCCACUGAAACAGGGAGAUGUAGUAAGGGAACAGAGUCUUGUUCGAUUCUUUAUAACAAAGAAAGUAAAGUAUGUGUGGAACACAAAUUCUCAGGAAUUUGAGAAGGCAAAGGGAUUAGACCAUUCUACAAGAUGUUCAUACUUCCACGAAGCUUUGGGACUUAGUCACUUAGAACAAUCUCAAAGGAGAAAUGUAUAUGGCAGUAAUUCUAUACAGAUCCAUGUGACACCUAUAAUUACAUUACUGUUCAAAGAGGUGUUAUCACCAUUCUACAUAUUCCAGUUAUUCAGUUGUUCUCUAUGGUACGCUGAUGAAUACUAUUAUUAUGCCUCAGCCAUUGUCCUAAUGUCUGUCAUAUCUAUAACAGUCACAAUUAUACAGACCAGACAGAUGCAAAGAGCUUUGAGAAACACCAUUGAUUCUUCCAGUAUAGUUACUGUAUGUAGAGGAGGGGAUGAAUAUAUUGAAAUUUCAUCUGAAGAUCUAGUCCCUGGUGAUGUGAUAGAAAUACCAAGAAAUGGGUGUAUCAUGCAGUGUGAUGCUGUAUUAGUGGCAGGCAAUUGUAUUGUCAAUGAAAGUAUGCUGACAGGUGAAAGUGUACCAGUAACAAAGACUCCAUUACCAAAUCCUAAAAUGUCUAAAUCUCAGGAUGAUAUAUUUUUCCAAAUUAAGGAACAUUCUCGUCAUGUUUUGUUUUGUGGUACUCAUAUCAUCCAGACUCGUUACUAUGGAACCCACAAAGUUAGAGCUGUUGUACUAAGAACAGGUUUUACAACAGCUAAAGGAGAACUUGUAAGAUCUAUCAUGUAUCCUAAACCAGUAGACUUCAAGUUUAACAGAGAUACAUAUAUAUUUGUUGGAGCCCUGGCAGCCAUUGCUGGUAUAGGAUUCAUCUAUACCAUUGUAUUGAUGGUACAAGCAGGAGAGCAUCCAUCCGACAUUAUAAUUCGUGCCCUUGACCUGAUAACAAUAGCAGUUCCACCUGCCUUGCCAGCAGCACUCACCAUUGGGAUUGUGUUUGCCCAGUACAGAUUGAAGAAACAACUUGUAUACUGCAUUAGUCCUAGAAGUAUCAAUGUCAGUGGCAGUAUCAAUGCUUUCUGUUUUGACAAGACUGGUACCCUCACAGAAGAUGGUUUGGAUAUGCAUAGUGUUGUUCCAGUGGAAAAUGACAAUUUAGACAAGGAGUACACUGACUUGAGUAAAGUGAACAAUGACAGUUUUAUAUCUGCAAUGGCCACCUGCCAUUCUUUGACUCGGAUAGAGGGUGUUCUAAGUGGUGACCCAUUAGAUCUGAUCAUGUUUGAAGCUACAGGAUGGGAACUUAUUGAGGAAGGGGAAGACUCUUCAAAGUUUGACAUGAUUGCACCUACUAUAGUCAGGCCAAAAUCUGAUGAAUCAAGAUCCUUUGACCAACACUUUAAGCCAUUACAGAAAGAAAUUGGAAUAAUUCGUCAGUUUACAUUUUCCUCUAGUUUACAAAGAAUGUCUGUGAUAGUGAGAAUGUUAGGAUCACAAAACUUUGAUCUGUUUGCCAAAGGAGCUCCAGAAAAAAUAAUUCAGCUUUCAAAACCAGAUACAGUUCCUGAUGACUACCAUGACAAGUUGAUGAAGUAUACACAGCAUGGAUACAGAGUUCUGGCCCUUGCAUGGAGACAGUUACCAGCUAAGCUUAAAUAUACUAAAAUUCAAAGAAUUCAAAGGGAACAAGUUGAGAAAGGAUUAACUUUUCUUGGAUUUUUGGUCACAGAAAACAGAGUAAAGCCUGAAACUACACCUGUUAUAACACAGCUAAGACAGGCCAACAUUAGAACUGUAAUGGUUACAGGAGACAACAUGUUAACAGCUUUAAGUGUUGCUAGGGAGAUAGGCAUGGUCCCUCCUAAAGAAAAGAUUGUAUUAGUUCAAGGUUAUCCUGAAUCAGGCAAAGUUGAAGCUUAUAUAGAAUUUGUUUAUGCAGAAGAAUAUAAACAGGAGACCUCUAAAACAGGAUCUGCUUCUAUAGAGGAAGUUGCAGUUGACAUUUUACCAAGAGAUGAUGGGAAUAAUUUCCAUUUUGCUAUUGAUGGCCGUUCUUGGUCAGUAGUAAGGACACACUUCCAUGAUCUGCUACAAAAGUUAUGUGUAAGGGGAACAGUAUUUGCUAGAUUUUCACCAGAACAAAAGGGACAGUUAAUAGAAACAUUACAAGAAUUAGGUUACUUUGUUGGUAUGUGUGGAGAUGGAGCCAAUGAUUGUGGGGCCCUGAAGACUGCACAUGCAGGGAUAUCUCUGUCUGAGGCAGAGGCUUCAGUUGCCUCCCCUUUUACCUCUAAAAACCCUAAUAUAGAGUGUGUACCUACACUAAUCAGAGAAGGGCGAGCAGCAUUAACGACAUCCUCUGGAAUCUUUAAGUAUAUGGCGAUGUACAGUUUGACCCAGUUUCUGACAGUUUGUAUAUUGUAUUGGAUCUCUAACAACUUAACAGAUUUUGAAUUCCUGUAUGUAGAUCUGUUUAUACUUACUACAAUUAGUAUAUCAUUUGGAGCCACUGGAGCCUAUGAUAAGUUACAUCCAGAACCACCACUGAUAAACCUAUUUAGUAUUGGUCCAAUCCUGACUCUAAUUUUACAGACAGGGAUACAGGCUGCAGCUCAGGUUUUUGUCUACCUCAAUGUUCAGACACAACCAUGGUUUACACCAUUUGUUGACAAUGAAGAUGAUGCCUAUGAAAGCUAUGAGAAUGCUUCUGUAUUUCUCAUCUCUUCAUACCAGUACAUUAUAUUAGCUAUUGUCUUUUCUAAAGGAAAGCCAUACAGAAAUACUAUCUGCUCUAAUUAUUUUUUCCUCGCAAAUAUAGUGUUUUGUUUGGCCUGUACAGUAUGGCUACACAUAGAACCACUAGAAUUCUUUAGAGAGUUUAUGGAGUUGGCAGACAUACCUUCCAUGGAGUAUAAACUAAUAUAUCUUGGAAUUGUUGCAAUCAACUUUAUUCUUUCAUUCUUAGUUGAGUCAUAUUUCUGUGAUAGCUACUUAAUCAGCAGAAAAUUACAAGAAAAAAUCAAAGAGAAUUUCUUCAACAGCAAAUUAAAGUACAAGGCAUUAGAAGAGGAGAUUUCUCAGUCACCACACUGGCCACCAGUUUCCUCCACGACAGAUCUGGUUGAAGUCUUCCAGCGCAUGGACAGUGCAGUAUCAGCAGACAUUGAUCGUACAAGUUUAAUGAGCAGUCUAGCAGACUCAGCAAGUGAGACGGGGUCACUCAGAAUUAAAAAUAUUGAGAGCACAGGGACACUUGACACACAGGGGAGCAUGGCUACACUUGACACACAGAUAUCUACUGUCGAUGAUGAAGCACAGCUUAUUGAAGCAGGAGUGGAUAACCCUGGAUUUGAAGAAGACACGCAUUCUACUACUACCACAAACUUAUAAGGAAUCCGUAGGAAUUUGUCUUUUUGUAGUUAUUUGUACAUCAAUUGAACUGGUCAUUCAUGUUUUUAAAGAAUAAUUUUGUAAUCAAAUGCUUUUAAAUAUAUCUCAAGGAAACAUCAAAAAAUUCAUAAAGCUUGAAUAAAAUGAAUGUUACUCAUUUUUGAAUUUUUAUUUUAUUUGAUAAGGUAUUGUUAAAAUAUGAAUUUCACUUGGAGCACACUGCUAUAUAUUUUGGUGCUAUAUGUAUAACUAAAUAUGAUAGUUAUGUGCAAUUUAAAAUACUAUUGUAACAGUAACAUCUUUUCACCCAAAAUUUGUAAAAUUUAAAUUUGGACCUGAUAGUCAAUUACAGAAAAAUUUAAACUAAAGAAACAGAGAAUAUGACGUAUUAAAAAUAAUAUAUAGAUUUUUAUGUAGUGUGCUUAUAAAUCUUGUAUUCACAUAAUUUUGGUGGUGUCUCUUUUACCAUUCUCUAUUUUACCCCUUUAUAAAAUUAUAUGCAAGAGGGUGAUCAUCUGUGUCCCAUGGAUUCAUUCUCCAUUUAUUUUGUAAUUGCUCUAAACAUUAUCAGUAUUAUUGUGCACUAUAGUUCAAUAAAGUAGUGGGAUUUUUUUAA